AUGGCAGCCCAGGCGUUCCCCCAGCAGCAGUGGGGCGCGGAGGGUGCCACCUCGGGCGCAGCAACAGCAGCAGCAGUUGGGGGAGGUGGAGGGGCCGGGAGAGCAGCGGGGGGAGGGGCAGCAGGGGAGAGCGCGUUUCUGAGUGCGCCACACACGCACUGGAAGCCCAUUGAUGGGCAGUUCCCCUUGGAGUUUGCGUACGAGCGGUUGCUCGGCGUGGGGUCAUGCUCAGAGGCGCCCCUCGCGGACAGCAGCCGUUCGCCCACGCGUUACCCCACCAACUGCCCGUCGCUGGACGAGAGCUGCAUCCAGGAAACUGACUUCCAACCCCACCCCAAGUGGGCCGCGCAGGUGGAGGCACAGAGGAGGGUUAUUGUGGUGAGUGGGCCGGCGUAG